AUGCACUCUGAUUCUAAGCACCUUGGGGCUAUACUACCACCAAUACUUACUUUGUCCACCAGGGAGGGUUCGACCAGCUGGGAGGUCGACGGCCGCUGCAGUCGGUGAGUCGUUCCACGCGCUGAGUCGCCUGAUCGCCACUUAUGAGUUGUCGAAAGGUCCGACAACCCAGUAACGAUGACGAGACGCUCAAGAGUCAAGUGAUUUAUUCAGUGGAAAGGAGGCCCUUUUAUAGGGAAGCCCCACGUAGAAAAGUACAAUCAAAUUUGAAUAAAUGUAGAUCGUUCAACGUGGGAAAAUCCUCGAAGCUCGGUCGUUCCGCCUCACAUAUUCGAAAGGACGUAUGUGAGACAUUUAGGUCCAAAUUUACAUAGUCAACCAAGAUUUUUUCGGUCAAAAUUUUCCAGAAAUUCCGAUUUUUUUUUGCGAUUUUUGGCUUGAAUUUUUUACAGUUUAUUAUAUUUGAGUAGUAAAAUAUUUCCACAAAAAAUCAUUUUUCUUCUAGCAGAAUCCACAAAGUUAUGGUUAGAAGAAGUUUUUUCUCUGCCCGUCUCUCCUCAUUUUUCGUACUCUCUCGCAAAAAAGACCGUUGACUAACUCGGCUCUCUUUGCAAAGGACAAAAGUCUUCAACGAUUAAUCUAUGAGCAAUUCAUAGCAUUUCUCUCAAAUUUGAAAAAAAUCCGACCUUUUCCUCUCGAGCAAUAGAUGCUUGAAAAAGUACAGAAAUCAGUUUGCAAAAACACAGUCUAUUCAGCGAGAGUUCAGGUGUACAAAAAGUCCACAAAGUUACCUGCCCAUCAUGUGUGUGUGUGUCUGUUUUCUGCGGGUUUCGAGAAAAAACUUUGUUUCGAAAGCCGAAGGGGCUCUUAUUCGAUAAGACCUGCGUUCCGAGAGCCAUGUGACGUAUGCGGCGUCGUAAUGUAUUCCUUUUAUUGCAUUCUUUUGCAGCCCCCUAAUCGUAAUGUUAAUUUGCAACGUUCUCAGGCCCAAUUCAUUAGAAUUUAUUCAUUUUUGCCGUAUAAAUUUGAAGCGAUCCAUCUCUGACCUACUGCAAUAUAAAACUUGUGCUUUCGCUUUUAUUUUUUCCAGGAAAAGUCAUUGCUUACCAGUAACGGGCUUGUUUAGUAAUCGUAUGAGUUGGGAAAUUCCUGUCGGCUCUUAUUUCAUGUUUUUGGACAUUGCUUUAUCUGGUCUGGAACAAUAUAAAAACUGCCCUUUAAGCGACCGUUCCGUAUAACCAGCCGUUUUUGUUAGUCACUACUCGACAAACAGGAUCUCUCUGGACCUUACUUUCAAAUUUUUAUGGCCCAGCUUUCAAGGAUCAUAUAAAGUUUCCCUUUUUUCAUUUAAGGUCAUCCUAAAAAUAUUACUUUUUCCUCACAGCCCUUGUUAUGCUCAUUCCCUUGACCAUAACUCUUGUUUUUGUUUACCGUCACCCUCGUCUAGGACGCUCACAUUUACGGGUGACCAUUAUGUCUGCGUUACGAAGCAAGCCGAGCGUCGGAAAUGGUGAAAAUUUGCGAAAAACUGCUCCGAUUCCCCUCCAAAAUUGAUGUACCAUGCAGGGGCAUAGAAAGUGCAAACAAAGUGCGAUGCCUGAGGGGAUGAGACGGUUACGGGUCGACAUUAAGUUCCGUCUUCUCUGGCAGCGCCGGAAGUCUGCAAAGUGUUACUACUUGACUACUUUUUACGGCUUUUCUUGGAAAAUUACUGACUCAAGGGCUUUGGAAUUUAGUUUUUAGUCUUUUAUGGUUGGCUAUAAGAUUUUAACUCUUGCUUUUUUCGAUCUUUGCAAAUUUUGUAUAAAACUUUUUUGAGACAUAUUGGAGAUUUGAUUUUUGGCUUUUGCCGCAUGGCGGCGUCUCCUUAUUUCGCGCACUCUCUCGGAAGAAAAGAUCGGGUAAUAUCUCGGCGCGAGUGCCAAGAGAGCUGGAAUUUUCGGGAAAUGCUUUGCGAUUUGUAUAUAAUGCGCAUGCAAAAUCAGAAAGAAAUCGAACAGUCUCAUACUCUAAAAAUAUAAAUUUUAUAAUUUUUACAAUUUUGCUUUUUUGGAGUCUAAUUCAAAUCUACUUUGAGUUUAAAGUGUCCCUCCCUUUUCCAAGAAAACCCACAUACUUUACAGCAAAAAUUAGUGGAAAUUAAACUACCUUCCACUACUACUUAACACUUGAUUAAAAUAAGCUGUCUGUUCUCGACUUUUAUCUUCAUUUUGUCACGUCAUCCCACGUUCCCUUAUCACCACAAGUCUUGUUGCAAAAUUUGCAAACCCCCAGAAAAAAUUGAUCUUUUGACCAGACACUCUUAAGCAGUAGUGCCCGGACUUUGUUCCCGACGCCCGUGGGGAUCGUAUAUUUAUUUUACAUCAUAGGGCGCUGGGAUUUGAAGACAUUCCUGAUAUUUUAAUUCUAAUCCAUCCGUGGGGAUUAAAUCGUUUUCAUUAUGCACCCUCCUCCCUCCCUCAACAUUACACUAGACGUUGAGCAAAGUGUUCAAAAGAGCGGGCCCUUCGCAAGCCACGGGCCUCAAUUAUUUGGCCAAACAAUCGGUGAUUACGCUCGGCAAUUUUCAGCUUAACGACGACUACACCUCAAAAGCCUGUCGCUUUGCCACAUCACGCCUUUUUCAUCGAUUCCGCGGAAGACGAGCAAGCUUCGAGCGCCGGAAAAGAAGAAUUAUUCGAUACGAGUAGCGGUGUUUCGAGCACACAACGAGAGCUCAGCAGCCCCGACCGUCUGCUCCAGAACUACCCGACUUCACUCGAUUCGGGAAAGGAACAGGUAGGUCCGGGAAUUUCGUUUGGAUUUAUUGGCUUAAAAUGGAGGCUCUGGGAUGCUAAAACAUCGCACAGAGUAAAAAUAGAAGUGUUUUGAGGCAUGCAGAUGUAAUAAAAAGCUAAUACAACAUACAGUUUUUUGAAUCUUAACGUUUUUUUGGCGAUUUUUUGGGCAAAAAUGCCUACUACAAUAUAAAAAACCUUAAUUUCUUAUGUUUUCCCUAGAUUUCUCACCGUAAUAAGAAAUGUAAUCAAUCAUAAAUUCAAUCUAACGCUUUUUUCUUCAUUUCAGAGCCCAUCCCCAUCCACGAAUCCAGUCGCGGAGGCAGCUGCAGUCGAAAGUUGCACCCCGACCACCGAGCCAGAGGAGCACCGUCGGCCGCCGCUCGCUGCGACCCCGCAUGUUUGGUCCUGCGACAGAACAACGUUUCCGCGUGGAACACCCGAAGCGUCCCGAGAAGCCGACCGUCAUCCUCUUAGGCCGGACCGUCCCCAACUCGACCAACGCCCUGCACCGUGCGCGAUGGUUGUCGAGUCGGGUGAUCUGCAUGGACAGGACGAAGAGGAUGAUCGCAAUUUGAAGCAGGUCAAGCUGGAAGAGUCUUUGGUAAGAGGUUUUGAAACUUUUUGGGGGAAAAAUUAGUUCGAAAAAUGGGGUGUUGGAUGAAUUGAAAAGAAAUUUUUCGGAAUUUCCAAGAAGUUUCUGUUGUAAAGGAGCUAGCUAUCUAUAGACUGUAUACAUUGUACGCAAGGCAGUAAACAAUGCGAUUUCUCAAGGAAAAUUGUUUCGAUCACUGUUUUUUACACUAUUUACUUACAGUGGGGGACCUAAUCCAGAGGCAAAAACCGUACGAUUUUGCAUCCAGGAAGUAUCAAAAAAUGUGGCAAAAUACCUCCCUCUCCAAGCGAAAAAACUCCGAUUUCAAAAGCGCGCCCGCUCUUUUUUGUGAGGAAAAAGGGUGCGCCCUUCAAAACAAAGUUUUUUACUUGGAGAGGGAGGUAUUUUGCCACAUUUUUGAUACUUUCCGGAUGCAAAAUGCUACUUUUUUGCCACUGGAUCAGGUCCCCCACUUUAAGUAAAUGGUAUAAAAAACCGCGAUCGAAACAAUUUUCCUUGCAAAAUCGCAUUGUUUACCGCCUUCCGUACAAUGUACAGUCUAUAGAUAGCUCCUUUACAGCAGAAACUUCUUGGAAUUUCCGAAAAAUUUCUUUUCAAUUCAUCCAACACCCAUUUAUCACCCAAAAAAAUUUACUGUUUUCCCGUUGAAUCAGUGAGAAAUUGGCGACUACAAGUUGUGAACAGCGCGUUUUCUCUGCGAUUGCGGCUAUAAUUUGGAGCUGGGCGCGCGCGGAAUCUCCUCCAUGGACAGAGAAAAAGACAAAUCGGAAGGACGCGCGCUCCCAAAAAAAAGUCUAGAAACGAGACCUUAAUUAAAGUUGAACUCUAAUCUGCGACGACUCGACUUUUUAUACCUGUUUCUGCACGCUCCGCAUUCCGCUCGUCUCUAAUAUUAUACUGGAAAUUAAUUUCGAGUAAAAUUCUAUAUUAUACUAGACAAAAUUGAGGUCCGAAGAGGGAGAAGUGGAUUUUGGUUGGUCUAUGAAACGAUCGGUUGCGUUUCAGAAAGCUUUCCAUUUCAAUGAGAUCCUCGACGACGACGCACGUGAAGGGCACGAGAACCGGUCACGCGUCUCGACGCGAAAUCACUCGACCGCCUGUCCGUUGGCCAGUCGUCAAGUCAACAAUUGUGGAAGUAAGUCGUUGGUUUUUGAGCCACAUAUUGCACCCAAAACUUCCUUGUUACUGUAAAAAAUAUCAACAAAAUUUUUGUUGUUUUCGUCGGCUGCAAAAAAAUAAAAAAAAAUAAUUUUUUAAUGUCUAAAGUAACAAAAAAAAUUUUUGAAUUUACGAUUUUUAUAUUUAGCGUGAUGUUCUAAGCCACUUUAGAACAUCAUUCAUACCAAAUUCAGUCGAAAUUUUGAUCAAUUUUGAAAAAAUUCAAGUUGAGGCUAGGGCGCAGCUCGGAUUUUUUUUAUUUUUUUAUUUUAUUUAUUUUUUUUUUGAAAAAUCGGAAAUUUCACAAAAUAUUUUUAGCUUCGGCGGAUGUUUGCCCAUUGAAUCCACAUCACGACGCUCAGCAUGCCUACAAGCACACGUGUAACAACGCCGCGAACUGUCGAUGGUUGAUACUGAUGGAGCCAGUGAACGCCCUACAUAUCAGUGUUAUUUUGGGAGCAAAAGGAAGGAUAUUCCGUGCCGACGACUCGCUGGCCGCCGUCCUCGGAUAUGACUGUACGAAUCGGCUGUUCGGAACGGAAUUGGGACGGCUCAUCCCUAGUUUGGAUGUAAGUUGGUAGCCAAAAACAUGAAAUAAGACAAUUUUUCGGAUAUAAAUCUGAUUUGUUUUCUUUUCAGACCUCAGUGGAGGCCAAUGGCCGCGAACAACAUUGUUGCGGAACGUCGGUUCGAAAGAACGGCGUUCCUUUCAGCGUUGUUGUGGUAGUUGAGUUCGACAAAGAAGGUAAAUCGAAUUUUGUUUGGUUUUUAUUCGAUGUUUAGAGAAUCCUCUCUCCUAUGAUGUCAGGAUUCGAUCGUUGGCCUCGAUUAAUGGUGUAAUUACCAUCACCGACGCCGGAGUUGUUCAUUCUUAUAAUGAGCAUUUUCUCCAUGAACUUUGUGGAAAGAAAGAGGGAGAAAAGGAUGAAGAUGAAGUUAUUGUAAGUUGGUUUUUGUUUUUUAGCCCAACUAUAGUAUAAUUGUAAAAUACAUGCUAGUUUUUCUUUUGGAAACUGAAAGAACUGAUUAUUUUUACCUUUUUUAUUAGCUUAUGUACCUACAAAAUAUAAAAGCUAUAAUUUUGCUUGAAUCAUAGUGCAGUAGUGUUUUGAUGAAGAUUAAAUGAAUUUAGAAGUUGUUAUGAUAGUUUUCUUGACAGAUUUCCUCUUAUUACCACCUCAUUUUGAUAUAAAGUUAUAUAACUUUAGGUGAUCACCGAUCUGAUCCCCAAUUUCUACGAUGCCAGUACCUUGGCCUCUCUUUCGGCCGACCAAGCGAUUGGAGCGGCUCCAUUGUCCCCCGAUGAGCUUGGUCACAAUUCCUACAUCGCCUCGAAUCAUGAAGAUCAGCCGAAACGUUUCAAUUCCCUCCCUCAAAUCCAGGUUGGCUCGUUUUAUGGCCUCGCCAAGCACAUUGAUCGAACCCUGAUCCCCGUCCGAUUCGAUGUGACCCGUCUUGACGGGCAAAGUCAACCCAGAUUGUUUGCCGUGGGUAUCGGAUAUGAGCGGGGAAUCGACUACGGGAUAAAUCAGUGUAGCGAGGAGGACGUUGACGAUCUUGUCCCGCAGACGCGCGCGUCCAGCUCCUCCGAAAUGGAGUCCGAUUUCGAGGUGCGAACGAUGGCGUUGAAGGACGACGAUGAGAACGAUGCGGCCCUGGAGAUCAAGAUCCAUGACGUGCAUUUGAGUGCGCUGGCCGACGAGAGCAAUGAAGCGGUUUGCGGGGAAUACAGCAGUCAUUACGACACCUUCCAAUUGAUCGGAAAUGGAACGUUUGGGUCGGUGAAGUUGGCCGCCAGAAAGGAUACCGGCCUUUUGGCUGUUACGAAGUUCGUCUGCAAGAGCAAGGUCCUCCCAGAAAGUUGGGUCAAAUCCACGAGUCGAGGAGGCCAAAUGGUCCCAAUCGAAGUCCAUUUGUUGGAAACGCUGGAUCACAAAAAUAUCGUCAAAGUUUUGGAUGUGUUCGAAAACGAAAAGUAUUAUCAAUUGGUCAUGGAGAAGCUGGGAUGUGGAAUGGAUUUGUUUGAAUUCAUCGAGAAUCACCCCAAAAUGGACGAACCGCUGAUCUCAUACAUCUUCAGACAGGUUGGUUAUAUUACAUUCGAUUUUUUUCCAAAUUUAAAUGCCAAUUUAUAUUAUCCAUGGCUCUUUGCAGAUUGUGGAUGCUGUAAAGUACCUGCAUGCGAAUGGCAUUGUCCAUCGGGACCUGAAGGACGAGAAUGUGAUCAUCGAUCGCAAUUUCUGCUGCAAAUUGAUCGACUUCGGGUCUGCCGCCUAUUUCGGCCCGAAUAUUAUUUUCUCCACCUUCUGCGGGACCAUGGAGUAUUGCAGCCCGGAAGUCCUGACCGGCAACAAGUAUCUGGGCCCAGAAGUGGAGAUGUGGUCGAUGGGCAUCCUCCUGUACACCCUGGUCUUCUUCCAAAACCCAUUCAGAACGCCGCAGGAGACCAUCCACGCGGAGAUUGAAUUGGUCUGGGAUGUGAGCGACCAGCUGUUCCAUCUGAUUGGAUGGCUUCUGAAUCCGGACCCCAAGCAUCGAGCCACGAUCAAGGAUGUGCAGGCUCAUGAUUGGGUCCGACAGAAGGUCGAUCCAACCAACUAUCGAUUCCAGGAGGUCCUCAAGAACUCGGGUAAGAGGUUUUGCAAUCUUUGGGAGGGAAAAAGUACGCUUUUUGGAGAGAGUUUAUAGAAAAAAUCAGAAAUUUUGUUAAUUUUUUAUUUUGCACAAAAAAUAUGCAACCCCGUUUUGAGCUCAUUUUCCAUUUGAUCCUACAAAAAAUUACGGGUCAAACUCGACUGUAGUUUCUGUCAAUCUCCAUAAUCCUUUGUUCAUGAUCCAAAUAAUCGAGAAAAUGUCGGGGGAUUUUCAUAAAUUUGGAUCAAAACAUAUGAUUUUAUUUUACGGUGAAAGUUCGUUAAAUCUGGGGUUUUGAGGGUGAUAUUUUUAAUAAAAACAACUUUUUUACAAGCGAAAUUUGGAAAGGUACCGAAAAAUAUUGUUUUCUCUGACCAACUCUCCUAGUUUUGCGUACUCUCUAGGUGGAUUGUUCAAUAUCUCGGGCCCUUCUUGGAAAGCAUGAGUUAAAAAUUUUUGGCAUUAAUCUAAGGCUUUUUGGAGUAUAUUGGUCACAUUUGAAAAAAAUAGGAUCAAUUGGGCUCUUUUUAUACUACAAUAUAUUAUUCAUGACAUAAAAAUUUUUCGAAUGUAUUUUUAUGAUUUCAUUUUCAGAUCGAGCCCGGGUUUCCCCUCCACUGUACGUCUCGGAUCUCCACAAUCAUUUGAAGAGCACCUCUUCUUGUGGGAACCUGGCCAAUUCUUCGUUCUCGUCCAUCGACGCCCCCUCUCGCCCCGAAUCGGGCGUGGUGUCGGCGCGUUAA